GAAUCACUUAUUACAUCUGGGGGGGGGGGGCAACAAUUUGACUGUGUUCUUUCCAUGUUCAUCUCUGAAAUCUGUGAAUAGCCAAGGAGCACUCAAUCCUAUGGCAGUGGUGCAUCUAAUAAAACGUACUAAAGACAUUGCUUUGGGGAAAACAGACUAUGCCUUUGAGAUGGCUGUUUCCAAUAUCCGAUAUGGAGAGGGAGUUACUAAAGAAGUGGGAAUGGACUUGCAGAAUUGGGGUGCUAAAAAAGUUUGUGUGAUGACAGAUAAGAAUCUUUGUCAGCUUCCUCCCAUGACAGCAGUGUUGGAUUCUCUGACAAUCAAUGGCAUAAACUUCCAAAUCUAUGAUAAUGUAAGAGUGGAGCCCACAGACCAAAGUUUCCUAGAUGCCAUUGAGUUUGCCAAAAAGGGGGAGUUUGACUCCUAUGUUGCCGUAGGCGGGGGUUCAGUCAUAGAUACUUGUAAAGCUGCUGAUCUCUAUGCAUCAAGUCCACAAUCAGAUUUCUUAGAUUACGUCAAUGCUCCUAUUGGAAAAGGCAAGCCUGUUACAAUUCACGUCAGACCUCUGAUAGCAGUUCCUACAACAGCUGGAACUGGAAGUGAAACCACUGGAGUUGCUAUUUUUGAUUACAAAGAAUUAAAAGUAAAAACUGGCAUUGCAUCUAGAUCCAUUAAGCCUUCUUUGGGUAUUAUUGAUCCAUUACACACUCUCCAUAUGCCAGAGCGGGUGGCAGCUAAUAGUGGUUUUGAUGUGCUUUGCCAUGCUCUUGAAUCCUACACUGCUCUUCCCUACAACCAGCGCAGCCCUUGUCCUUCAAACCCAGUGAACCGGCCAGCUUAUCAAGGAAGCAACCCCAUCAGUGAUGUCUGGGCUGUCCAUGCAUUACGGAUUGUUUCUAAAUAUUUAAAAAGAGCCAUAAAGAAUCCAGAAGAUCAAGAAGCAAGAUUUAACAUGCAUCUGGCAAGUGCUUUUGCUGGCAUUGGGUUUGGAAAUGCUGGUGUACAUCUUUGCCAUGGCAUGUCUUAUCCAAUUUCCGGUUUAGUGAAGAAUUAUAAAGCAAAGGAUUAUAAUGUGGAUCAUUCUUUAGUGCCACAUGGUCUUUCGGUCAUCCUCACCUCUCCAGCAGUGUUUACCUUCACAGCACCAGCAUGUCCAGAACGCCACUUGGAGGCUGCCCAAAUCAUGGGAGCUAACAUCAGUAAUGCCAAGAUGAAGGAUGCUGGGUUUAUUUUGGCAGACACUCUCCGAAAAUUUUUAUUUGAUCUCAAUGUUGAUGAUGGCUUAGCUGCCCUUGGUUAUUCAAAAGCUGAUAUUCCUGCAUUAGUCAAAGGCACCCUGCCUCAGGAAAGAGUGACUAAAUUAUCCCCUCGCCCUCAAACAGAAGAAGAGCUGUCAGCCCUGUUUGAAGCAUCCAUGAAAUUAUAUUAAUUUGUUUCUGAUUUUUUCUUUUUUUUAAACUUUAAGCAGUGUUUUCUCAUUUCAGGAGAUGAAUCAAUUCAAAAUAUUAUAUGGGGAUUAUAUGUAAAUGUUAUUUCCCAUUAAGAGCUGUAGCAUUUAUGUUUAUUUUUACACAAGAUUAUAAUUGGAGAUAUUCAGAUUUCAUUCACUAGUGAUCACUGGAACUAAUUACUGAUAGUUUUAUUUUAUGAGAAUACAGUAAAGAAGUUUCUGGUUUGCUAUUUCACUACUUCUGUGCCAACUGGGUCAAGCAGGGAUACAUAAUAAAACUUUUAUAUGUUCAAAACUUUCUGUUGUGUAUUUUACUUUUAUUAUUAUUGGUUGUUGCAUAUAGCAGUUUCUCUUCAUAAUUUCCAUGUAAACAAGGAUGCUUUGUAGUUUUUAUAAUUGAAUGCUUGGCUCUGUAAUAUUGUACCCAAUUGAUUUUGUAGUAGAACUGUUUUGUGGCAGUAUAUUAAAUGUGAGUCUGAAGGUCCUCUGAUAUUUAUUGCUUGUAAAAGAGGAUGGCAAAAGAGGAAAUCAUGGACAGUCUUUCUUUCCACUAAGGCUACUAUAUCUGAUCUCCAAACAUUAGAUGACCAGAGGAUUAGAGCAAAGAGAUUGAGGAUUGAAGAAUCUCUUAAUUCCUUGAUGUCCUCUAGUGAUUUUCUGGAUUUUGUCUGGAUCAAUCCAGAUCCAAUCUAUUUUUUUCAACCAAGAUCCAAUGCACUUUCUAACCCAGGGUAGUAAAAUACUAUGUAAGAUGUGUGGUAAUAUGUCAAUUUUUUUUCUCUCUCUCUCCCGAUGUCCCUCUCCCUCUUUUGUCCCUUG